AUGGAUAAAUAUAUGAUUGUUAUACUUUAUAUUAUUGGAACACUUGGAGCUAUUUUAAAUAUAAUAACAUUUCUUCAAAAACAAAUUCGACGUAAUUCAUGUUCAUUAUAUUUCUUAUCAAGUUCAAUUAUUGAUUUUUGUAUAAUGAAUGUAUUUAUUCUUAUGGAAAUAAUAACAACCUUUAAUAAACCACUAUCUGAUCGUAUCUAUUCAACAAAUAUUUGGUGUAAAGUUGGAAAUUAUAUUAUGUUUAUACUUCCUUGUUUAUCAUCAAGUUAUAUAACACUUGCAUCAAUUGAUAGAUUUUGUAUUAGUUCAUUAAAUCAAACACUUCGAAAAUGCAGUAAUUUUAAAAUUAGUCGUAUUGUAAUAAGUAUGGUUUUUGUAGUAUGGGUUCUUUUUGGAUUGCAUAUUCUAAUUGGUUAUGAUCGUAUUCGAGACAUAACAACAAACACAGAUCGAUGUACAGUUCAAACGAGUUCAGCCACAGUUUUUAUUGUUAUCGAUGGUUUUUUCUUUGCACUAUUCAACGGAGCUAUUAUUCCUUUUAUUUUGUGUAUAUUUGGUUUAUUGAUUUUUCAUAAUAUAAAAGUAAGUCGACAGCGAGUUAAUUUUCAUCAAUACAGAGGAAAUAACAACACAGUUAAUCCAACAAGAAUUGGUGUAAAUCGACAAAAUUUUCAUAUGAUAUUAAUGUUAUUAGUUCAAGUAUUUCUUACAAUUAUUUUUAAUACACCAUAUAUUGUAGUUUAUUUAUCAACAUUUUAUAAACGAUUAUCAUUCGAUUCUUAUAAUUUAUUCCUUUAUAUUAUAUUCAGUUUUAUUGCAAGAUGGUUUUAUUAUAUGAAUUAUUGUAAAACAUUUUAUAUAAAUACAUUAACAAGUGAAUUAUUUCGAAAUAGUCUUCGUAAGCAAUUUAUUUUAUUUGGUCGUCAUCAUCGAUUAAAUAUUACAAGAACAAUUAUUCCUACAAUUGCAAAUAAUCGAUAG